UAAACUUUUGUUACCCCUCCCUUCAAAGUACAGCGAUGGGCUAUAAACCUGGACUACCUAUCCUUUAGAACCCAAUUGGGCUACGGGGUUCGCAUAAGGCUGGGGUACAUUUGAUAUACGAUCGGCCAUUUUAGCGAUCUAAUACACCCCGCAUGGACACGGACGUACCGUUUAGCCUCAUUUAUAAGCGUAGCGAAUUAUAAAAUCAUGGGUUUUGUAGUCUAAUUCUGGUUUCCUGGGGAACUGAUCUAAUCAAUUACUAGCUACGGGCAAUUCAUCUGUCAAAGCGGGUAGCUCUAUCUCAAAAUAUAACUUAAUUACCCAAAUAGCAAGAGGGCAGCACACUAUGCCGAUCAAAUCUAAAGGCAUUCAUUGUUUUAGUUCCUUCCUUCAACAAAAAACUACUCUGAAAAAUCUUGUCGUUUUGUUUCAUAAUACUCUUUUAUAACAUCAAAAACAUAAGUUUCACAAAAUUUGAUCCUCCUUUACGGGUCAUUUCCGCUUUGCCAUCAUAUACUUUACUAAGGACGAUUGCCUGAAAUUAUUACAUAGAGGUCAUAGCAAGUCAUUUCCACAGCAUUUUCAUGAACCUGAGAAAUGAAAUAGGAAAAAGGGAGUCAAUUAUUCGAGUCUCUAUUUUGAACUUCCCUGCGGCCUUUUGAAAUGGGGACACACGAUCUCGUUCGGUUAUUUUUUAAUGAAAAAUACUCUUUGGAACUAGCUCAGAAAUUAGUUUUGCAUUUUUUCCAUUUUCUUACUAUUUACCACCGGUUUUCCGUAAGGAGGUCCUACAUUAUUUACAGUCCCUGAAUACACCAGUAUAUUGUUUCCUUGCUCAACUAUAAUUUUCCCCAGGAUGCGAAGCGUAAACUAAACUUAUAGUUUUGCUAUUUUCACAAUAUUUCCUGUAAUUUCACCUUUUUAUUUCAAUGGUAUUUUUUCAAUCAACUCGCUCUUUCCACAAUCAACUUGGCACGACGCAUUCUUCGAUCGAAAUUAAACAUUUGUAAAAUCAAUUUUAUCACAAUAGGACAAAAAAGUUGACAAAAUGUUUAUCAAAGAUAAUUAAAGACAACAAUUGCUUUUUGUACUAAAUUUAGCCCAAUGCCUUGUCCCAAUCCUGGUGAAACUUUCAGCUACAUCCUGUUGACUUUUUGACAGCAAUAAAGCAAAAUCAGUAUUAAAAACGCUUUAAAUCCUUUCCUGUAUUGUGCGACACCAAUCUUCAAACAAAGCCUUUUUGAUAGCAUCAAUUUAGCAUCUGCUUCAAAUUAGGUCAACGCAUCUAGUUACUUUUCGAAAUGGACUAACAUCUAGCGGCAGUAUUUUAAAAGCAUCUCCCAAUUGAGUCAUUUUUUCUCUUUUAUUUCGGUUUAAAAUGCCGCCUGCAGUAGCACAUCAACCACAGCGUAUGUACACGGACCUGGUCGGGGCCGAGCCGGAGAAGCGCAACUGGAAAGGAAUUGCUCUGGCCCUGCUGACCAUCUGCUUCGUGUUCCUGCUAGUGUUCAUCGCAGUUCAGGUGUUGACCCCUGACCCCAUCAAAACAGGCAGUGUGGACAUCACUCUACGGCACGUAGCCGACACUUCCUUGACCUCUCCUAGAACCGCAACUGUACAAUGGCUGUCAGGAUCCUCACUGGCAGUUUUGGAUUCGAACGGAGACAUAGCAGUGUAUCAGGGCUUGGACGAAAUGACUGACGAUGGAAACUACACAAAACAGACCCUGGUCACAAGAGAUGAUCUGGCCCAGUUUGCCCACAACAAGGACUCGCUAGAAUGGUCUUUCUCGCCAGAUUCACAACAACAGUACAUCCUAUUAGCGAGCGAAUUCAAAUCUACGACUGACAAUAGCGAAGAGCCCCGCAAGAAAUGCAGCAUCAUCGACAAAGAUGCUCUCACAGUGAAGAAAAACCUUCCUGACAAGUACAAAGCGUGCAAGUGGUUCAAAACAUCAGAUGGAAAACCUGCGAUUGUAGUAAUAGACGAAAAUAGCAACGUGCGAUUGAUUCACUUUGAGACUUCAGACAGUAAAAUGUCGCCACUUCAUGAAGCCGCAGACAAAGAAAACGUUUACGGAUCACCAGAUCUAUUAUACCAAGCUUUAAUCUGGAGAAGCUCCGAGCCGGCUCUCUGGAUAUCUGAGAACCAGCAACGUAUGGUAUUCGCUGGAUUUCACGACUCCAAAGUGGCCAAAUCUGAAGUGCUCGACUAUUACGACGGACAAACUAAAUUGAAGCAAAUAAAUUUUCCCAAGAGAGGCGGAGAUGUUCCUCGAGUUUCGCUUCACUAUGUCUCAAGUACAAAUGGCAAUGGGAUAGAAAUAAUCGACGAAAAUCAGUUUGCCGACAAAUACUUGAUGGAUGUGGGUUGGAUAUCCGACUCUAAAAUCCAGACUGACUGGCUCGACAGGGCACAAAAUACACUUUCCAGUUUCGUCUUGGAUCUCGAAUCUGUUGGCAGCAGAGGAGUCGCAUUUGGGAAGGCCAUUGUGAAGUCUUUGGAUCAAAGAGAUCUAAAAGACGACCCAAAAGCAACAAAUCCACGCUUCGUUCACUGUCCUGUCAUCCGAUUCAUAGAGGGAAAACAGUUCGUUUUCGACAUUCAACCUCGCCAAUCAUCCACGGGCUCUUUUCUACAUCUGAACAAAAGAGAUUCCGAGUCUGCGGGUUUGGGCUAUUUUCUGACCAGCGGUUCAUUCGAUGUCCUCAAAAUCAUUGCAGUCACUUCUACUCACGUGUACAUUUUGGCACCUAUUGAGGGACACCCCGCUACAAGACACGUUUUCUCAGUUGAUCAUGACUCGAAACAAAUGGAAUGCUUAACCUGCUCGCUGCUGCCCAACGAGUGCAGCUUCUAUGAUGCAUCUCUCUCGCCAGAUCAAACUUGGAUUGAACUGAAAUGCCUGGGUCCAGAUGUUCCAAAAACUAUUUUGACUGUCCUUAAUUUCGACCAGAGCAGCGGAGAAAGACGGCCCAUGAUCAAAAUUCCGGCAGAUGAAGAAUUGUUGAAACAAAUCAAUAAAUUGAAGGUUGCGCACAAAGAGUUCAUGAAAGUUGACGACAUUUCUCUAAUGCUGAUAAAACCACCAAUAGUCGACAUCAACUACAAGUACCCUAUAGUCGUAUACCUCAGUCCUUUCCCUGAACAACAAAAAGUAACCUCAAAAUGGGACUUCUCUUAUCUAGACUACAUGGCCAGCACACAAAAAGUGUUCGUUGCUGUUAUUGACACGAUCGGAUCUCAAGGUUACGGGGUGGAAUUUGCUUCUACUGACAAAGGGAAAGGAGGUUCGAGGCCCGGUGAGGCCGAAAGCGAGGGGAUUCAGAAAGUUCUAGAACGAUUAGUUGAAGACGAAGUCAUAGAUGCGUCAAGGAUUGCAAUUUUAGCUUUGGAAUACGGGGCAUACAUAGCGGGCGAGCUCAUCAGCAACAAUGAAGAGACUGUGAAAUGCAUAGCGAUGGUCAGAGCCAUUUCAAACAUCUCCAGCUGCCAAGCAUACUUCGCAGAAUCCAAACUGCCCCUAGCUAGAGUAAAACAAGUGGAAUCUCCAUUUGCAGACAAAGUGGAGAACUUCCGUGACCUGAAUCCCUUGUUGAUUGCGGGUCUAACUGACGAGAAAAUUCUCUUCGAACAAACUGCUCAGAUUAUUAACCAACUCACACAAGCCAAUAUUCCAUUUCACUCGCAGAUCUACACUCAGCUGGAGUCGAACUCAGAAGAUGUCCUGAAAAACUCACACGUGAUUCACCAACUCACUGCUUAUCUCACUCGCUGUCUAGAUGUGCAUGUCCAGUGAUGAAACAAACACACUGCGACAAAUUGGCCCAAACGACUGAACAGAAUCAACUUAAGAAUGAACCGAUGAGCCGAAAACAAAAUAACGAAAACAAACCAAAGUUGCAAUUUUUCAAGUCUGUAUAUAAAGCAAUAUUAGAUAUUAGUUUUUGAUAUUAUGAACGAUAAAGAACUUUUACAUCAA